CGAUAGUGUACCUUGAACCGUCCAAUCAGAAACAGUUUUUGCGGAUAACCUACAACGAGAAGAUCACGUUUUGCAGUCUCCGGCUAGAAUCUUCGAGAAAUAGAGGUUGGAAUAAUUAAAAUCUUCUCAUAAAUCCAUCAUUCCACAUAUCUUCAAAAUGCUUCGCCUGCCUCGUGUUGUUCGCCAGACUAUUUCUCUCCAAAAGUCUCAUCAGCUUUCAAGAUUUUAUGCCAAAGAUGUGAGGUUUGGUCCGGACGUAAGAGCCCUUAUGCUGCAGGGCGUGGAUGUCCUGGCCGAUGCAGUUGCUGUUACAAUGGGCCCCAAAGGCAGAAAUGUUAUUUUAGAACAGUCGUGGGGUUCUCCGAAAAUUACAAAAGACGGUGUGACAGUUGCCAAAGGAGUCGAAUUGAAAGAUAAAUUCCAGAAUAUCGGCGCAAAACUAGUGCAAAAUGUGGCGAAUAACACAAAUGAAGAAGCUGGGGACGGCACUACUACAGCUACAGUGCUUGCACGUGCAAUUGCUAAAGAGGGUUUCGAAAAAAUCUCUAAGGGUGCAAAUCCGAUUGAGAUCCGAAGAGGUGUGAUGCUGGCGGUAGACGCUGUCAAAGAUAAGUUGAAGAACAUGUCGAAGCCCGUCACAACACCAGAGGAGAUCGCGCAGGUCGCCACAAUCUCUGCCAACGGAGACACUGCCAUCGGUCAGCUCAUAGCAGACGCCAUGAAGAAGGUGGGUCGUGACGGCGUUAUCACGGUCAAGGACGGCAAGACCCUCAAUGACGAGCUCGAAAUCAUUGAAGGUAUGAAAUUCGACAGAGGUUAUAUUUCACCAUAUUUCAUCAACUCAUCCAAAGGUGCAAAAGUCGAAUUCCAAGAUGCUCUAGUCUUAUUCUCUGAGAAGAAAGUCAGUAAUGUGCAGACUAUCAUCCCUGCUCUUGAGCUGGCCAACCAGCAAAGGAAGGCCCUAGUCAUUGUAGCCGAAGAUGUCGAUGGUGAGGCAUUAUCUACUCUGGUAGUAAAUAGGUUGAAGAUUGGCUUACAAGUUGCUGCAGUUAAGGCCCCAGGUUUUGGAGACAACCGCAAAGCCACCCUCAGCGACAUGGCUAUUGCAACUGGCGGUGUUGUCUUUGGUGACGAUGCCAACCUGAUCAAACUUGAAGAUGUGCAGCUGUCAGACCUGGGACAGAUUGGGGAAGUCGUCAUUACAAAGGAUGAUACUCUCUUCCUGAAGGGCAAAGGCAAGAAGGCUGAUAUUGACAGGAGGGCUGAGCAAAUCCGUGACCAGAUCCAGGAGACAACUUCUGAAUAUGAGAAGGAGAAGUUGCAAGAACGUCUGGCGAGGUUGGCGUCCGGAGUGGCUGUCCUGCAUGUCGGUGGUUCCAGUGAGGUGGAGGUUAACGAGAAGAAGGACCGUGUCAAUGAUGCUUUGAAUGCGACCCGAGCUGCUGUUGAAGAAGGUAUUGUGCCUGGAGGUGGUUCUGCUCUCCUCAGAUGCAUUCCCAUGCUUGAACAGCUCAAGACAGGAAACUCUGACCAGGCUACAGGAGUUGAGAUCGUAAAGAAAGCUCUCAGAAUGCCUUGCAUGACUAUUGCUAAGAAUGCUGGUAUCGACGGCUCAGUGGUUGUUGCUAAGGUGGAAGACUUGGGACCUGAGUUUGGGUAUGAUGCAUUGAAUAAUGAGUAUGUGAACAUGAUCGAGAAAGGUAUUAUUGACCCCACAAAGGUUGUCCGAACAGCAUUGACUGAUGCUAGUGGCGUUGCAUCUUUACUGACGACAGCUGAAGCCGUGAUCUGUGAAAUCCCUCAGGAGAAGGAGCCGAACCCAAUGGCUGGCAUGGGUGGUAUGGGCGGGAUGGGAGGCAUGGGCGGUAUGAUGUAAGCCCGCGACUGAUCCCUAAUGCAUUUAAGACAAAAUGACUUUUGGUAGUGUAUACCAGUUGUUGGGGUAUUGCAAGUUAGUGUCCGUUAAAUGUGGAGUGAAUGAAUAGUUUACUUAAUUCUGUCUGAUUGUGUUGAACUGUAGUAGAUUUAUUUAGUUUUAAUGCUUGAGCAGCACUGUUAUUUUUAAUAAUAAAAUAAUGUUUUAUAUUA